AUGGCGCAACAAAUUGAAAACAACGCACGGAUAAUAGUUGCAGAAGAAAAUGUAAAGGAUCAAAUUGAAGCAGCUCUUGAAAACCCCAAUGUCAAUGUACACAGUUUCUCGCCAGACGACUCACCUCAGAAAAAAGCGGAACAAGCAGCCUCACAAAAACCAAAAGUAGAACUUGGCUCAACACCCAAGGCAACUGCAGUUAUCUCUGAUAUUGACAAAGCAAAGGCUUUGGAGACUCUAAACAGUCUUCCUGGUGGUAUUGGAAUUAGUUCAAAAACGGCUAUACCAAAAUGGGCUCGUGUUGGUUGGGAAAGAGUUGCGAAAUCAGAGUCUGAGGAGAAUCCUGCUACGCCAGAAUCUGAUUAUUUUGAUCAGGUGUUGGAUGAACUAUAUUUUGGAAGGCUUUGGUUGAACGCGGGAGUUGUAUUUGCAUCUGUGUUUGCUACUUGGUUGUUGACCCUCAUGGGCUUCGGUUUCGGGGGGGUCAUAGUUAUUUGUGCUUUUAUUGCUACAUACUUUAAACAUUCUAUGAAUCGAUUCUACAGAAAUGCUCGUAGUGAUAUUAGUCGUGAAUUAGCUAAAGAACGUUUAGAGACUGAUGAAGAAUCCACAGAAUGGUUAAAUGAAUUUAUGCGAAGAUUUUGGCUUAUUUAUGAGCCAGUUUUAUCCGCAUCUAUUGUUCAAUCAGUGGAUGCUGUAUUAUUAACCUCGACUCCAUCAUUCUUGGAUUCUAUUCGCUUGUCUACUUUCACCUUGGGUACUAAACCACCGCACAUUGAAUCAAUAAAAUCAUAUCCAAAAACCGAAGAUGAUAUUGUGAUGAUGGAUUGGAAAUUGGCAUUUGAACCCAAUGAUCUGGCAAAUAUGACCAAACUACAACUAAGAAACAAAGUCAACCCGAAAAUAGUUCUGAGUAUCAGAGUUGGACGAGGAGUGGUUGGCGCAGAAAUUCCGAUAUUACUCGAAGACAUUUCGUUCUCGGGAAAAUUACGAAUCAAAUUGAAAUUGAUGAAUAAUUUCCCGCAUAUUCAAACUGUUUGGUUGAGUUUCUUGGAAGAACCGAAAAUUGAUUUUAUUUUGAAACCGAUUGGUGGCGAAACAUUCGGUUUUGAUAUUGCUAAUUUCCCAGGACUGUCAACAUUUAUUCAUGAUCAAGUUCAUGGAUCAUUGAAACCAAUGAUGUAUGCGCCAAAUAUGUACGAAUUAGAUGUCGAAACAAUGAUGAGCGGCGUUCCUCUAGAUGCUGCUAUUGGAGUCCUGAAAUUAACAAUCUUUAAUGCAAAAGGACUAAAAAAUGUCGAAACUUUCGGUACCUCAGAUCCAUAUGUGAAGAUAUUACUGAACGGGUCCACAGAACUUGCCCACACAAAAGUUAUCAACGAUUCGUUGAAUCCUUAUUGGAACGAGACGCAUUUCAUCGUAUUAACAAAUUUGCAAGAUACUAUAAAUUUUGAAUUAUUUGAUAAGAAUGUGGGAAGAGACAAAUCGUUGGGAAGCGCUAGUUUCGCUUGUAAUUUGUUGCAAGAUAACCCGAGACAAGAGCAAAUUAUUACUGAUAUUAUAUUAAAUGGUAAAAAACAUGGCACUCUUCGAUUCGAUGCUAUUUGGUAUCCCAUAGCUCCUCAAGGACCGGAAGAUCCGAUAGUUGAAUCAAAUGUUGGUAUAUUACGCUAUACCAUUCACCAAGCCAAGGAUAUUGAUGCAAAACUCUCUGUUUUCGGUCAAUAUAAUCCAUACGCAGAGCUAAUGUUCAAUGGAAAAUUGGUGCACACUACUAAAACAUUAAAGAGAACAAACAAUCCUGUUUGGGAGGAAUCAAAAGAAAUUUUCAUCACAGAUAAAAAUUUAGCUAAAUUAACCGUAGCAAUCAAAGAUUCGCGUGAUUUCGCCGAAGAUCCUAUCGUCGCCGGUUGGACUGGUUCACUAAAUGAAUUUAUGCAUGCAUUGGAAAAGAAUGAUUGGUUCAAUUCUUAUGAUAAGACGAGUGCUAAAUUAAGAUUGAGUUGUGUGUGGAAGCCUGUAUUAUUGGACUAUACUCCUUCGACCACCGGUUAUGAGGAGCCGAUCGGUGUGAUUAAAAUUAAUAUUAAAGGCGCCAAGAAUUUGAAAAAUGUCGAAAAAUUCGGCAAAUCGGAUCCUUAUGCACGUAUUCGAUUGGGUCCUAUGAUUCGGGGGCGUACCGAAGUAAUCGAAGAUAACCUAAACCCAGUCUGGAAUUAUAUUCAUUACGUACCUAUACAUAAUUUAAAAGAAUCCAUAGGUUUCGAAGUGAUGGAUUAUCAAAAUAGUGGUAAAGAUCGAGCACUUGAAAUUCAAAAGACAAAUGGUGUAGCAAAUGUCUUGGAGCAUCCCACGAUAGAAAGGAAAAAUAUUUAUGCCGAGUUAUUAAUCGAUGCUGUUAUGAUUCCAUUUUAUAGAACUGCCAAGUCUAAGCAAAAUAAUCCUAACUUCAAUGAAGUCGCUGAUGUGUUUAUCAAAGAACUCGAUUGGUCUGUAUUAAGAUUCAAUAUUAAACAGGAAGAUAGGGAUGACCCCAUUGGAACACUAUCAAUCAAUGUCAAAGAUUUGAUAACAAACUCGAAGGACGAUGUCAAAUUAUCGAUUGAAGAUUUAAAGGAUGCUAGUAUUUAUAUUAAGGCACAUUAUAUACCAACCCCGGUUAAAUUGGAGUCAUCCGAAAGUAUAAACGAUAUGGGAGUAUUACAUGUCACACUUAAAAGUGCGGAAAAUUUACUUGGUGUUGAUCGUUCAGGCACUAGUGAUCCAUAUGUACAAUUUACAUAUAAUGGCGAAAAAAUUUACAAGUCGAAAACUAUCAAAAAGAAUUGCAAUCCCAUUUUUGAUGAAAGGUUUGAAGUUCGUGUGGCAUCACGAAUAGAUGCCAAAUUUUCAUUUGAAGUAUUCGAUUGGAAUGCAAUGCACAGUCAUGAAAGACUAGGCGGUGGCACAAUCGAUCUAAGUAUCCUUGAACCAUUUGAGGGACGCGAGAUAAGUUAUCCUUUAGAUGGAGGAGAUAAAGGCAGCAUACGAGUGGUUCUAUUAUUUAAACCAGGAUUCAUAACGCACAAAAGAAAUAGUAUGUCUACUUUCAGCAGAGCACUCACUAGUUUUGCCAUCCCAGGCACUGCUGUUGGUGAUAAUCUUACUAGAGGUGGCAUUAGUGUGGUAAAUGCUGUUGGUAAUGGUGCAGAUUUGGUUGGUAGUGGAGCUAAAUUUAUAGGCACCGGAUUUGGACUGGGUGGCAACAAUGAUAAUAAGGAUGAGAAAAAACAACCUGUAGAGAUAGGCGUAUUAAACGUCACACUUAAAAGUGCGGAAAAUCUACGAGGUGUUGAUCGUUCAGGCACUAGUGAUCCAUAUGUACAGUUUACACAUAAUGGCGAAAAACUUUACAAGUCGAAAACUAUCAAAAAGAAUUGCAAUCCCACUUUUGAUGAAAAGUUCGAAGUUCGUGUGGUAUCACUAGAUACCAAGAUUCAAUUUGAAGUAUUCGAUUGGAAUGCAAUGUCCAGUGAUGAAAGGCUAGGCGGUGGUACAAUCGAUCUAAGUUUCCUUAAACCAUUUGAGGGACGCGAGAUAAGUUAUCCGUUAGAUGGAGAAAAUAAUGGCAGCAUACGAGUUUUUCUAUUAUAUAAACCGGGAGCUACAACGCCCAAAAGAACUAAUAGCUUGUCUACCUUCAUAACUGGCCUUGCUUCUGCUUCGGCUCCAGUUAAUGACAACCCUGCUAAAGGUGGCGUGAAUGUGGUGAAUCUUGUUGGUAAUGGCGCAGAUUUGGUUGGUAGUGGAGCUAAAUUUAUAGGAUCCGGAUUUGGACUAUUGGGUAAUGAGGUAACUGAUACAGAAACGCCAGAAAAAUUAUCGACAGUAACAGUAACGACCGCUGUCCCUAUUCAAACACCAUAUGUAAUUGAGGAACCACCACUGGCAAGAUCAACCAAUUUCGAUACAAAUGAGACGAAACAGGAAAAAGAAAAUGAUCAUAAUAAUAAGGAUAAAUCGAGUCUGGAUCAUACUUCUGUCUUACAUUCCCAUACACAAGAGAUUAUCAAUAUAUACGCCUCGUUGCCUGAUUUAGAAAUGUUUUGUGAUACAAAUGGUGAACCUGGUACUUUGACUGUAACCAUUGUCGAAGCCAAAGGAUUAAAAGGUAGCACGCCACUUGUUAAAGUAUUUUGGGGUAAAAAGGAAGUGUACAAAACUAGUUCGGUAAAAAAAAAUCAUCCGCCGAAAUGGGGUGAAUCAUUCACAAUAUCAACAAGUGCCAAUGGAGAAUCCCAUCUGAAAUUCUCAGUUAAAGAUCACAGCAGUAUAUUGAACAAUACCGAUCUAGGCGAAGUGGAUUUACGAGUAUGGGAUCACGUUAACAAUUCAUCCGGCAAUAAGGCUGAUUUUUGGAAAGACGUGAGUGGCGGUGAAGGAAAAUUACAUAUACAAUUAGAAUUCACGCCCGGAAGUGAUCGUAAUUCUAGUGAUGGAAGUAGUGGAACGGAAGGUAAAGGAACUACGCGUGGAUUGAAAGGACUCAAAUUGAAGACUCCAUUUAGGAAUAAAGAGAAAGCGUGA